CCCGGCGGUGUAAACGUUGACACAUCCUAAACUAGUUAUCGAUAUUGGUUUCCGUCAGAAUCUGAUUUAGAAUAAUUUGCUAAUACAGGGUCAAAUACUACCAGCGUGUAUACUAUUAGUUAAUAUAGUUUGCUAAUCGUCUGAAUGUCCAAUCUGUGUGCUGUGCUUUUGAUUGGUUACCUCUCUAGUGGAAUCCCCAGCUCUGAUGACGUGUAAACGGAGCUCAUCAUAAAUUCAUAUCAAACCAAGAUAAUGGAACAUUCCAUUUAGCGACGAUGACAGCUAAAGCAAACUGAACUCCACCAAUCCAGACAUGCAUUUUGCACUGGUGUGUACACGGAGACAGUUACAGCUAUGAGAAACUAUUAUAGGCCUACAUCGAUCGUUUUAAUGCGAUACACAUAUUCUGUGUUGCAUUGAAUUUUAGAAGUUGGUAGGACGGUUUUUCAGGAACGGUUCUUGUAUUGUGUUCCCUGGGAUUACUUUCGGAGAUAAAAACAGAUUUGUUGGCCGUUAACUUGUGUUCGCAGCUGUCAUUUUGUAACACCAGCGCAGCGAAAAUCACAAGCUCAAUUUAUACCGACAGAGAUUAGACGAGUAAAAGUCGGUACCUGGAUUAGAGAAACCCCGUCUUUGAAAGUAAGAACAAACCAACUGUACCGCCGGCAAACAAAAUCUCGUAGACGCAGACAUACUUUCAAAAUCCGGCCACGAAAUCCCGUCACGUCAUGUGAGACAAAGAAACAUGUCAUGGUGUUAUGGAACUUUUUAUGACCAAAGCUUUCACGAGUAGAAUAUUAUCCUUACAUACCCACCAUUAUCCAUCAUACAGGCCCAUACAACGGGUGCAGUGUAAUAACUAGUGAUUGUAGGCCCUAAUAAAAAAAAACAAAAUGCAUAGUGACGUACAAGAAGUGUGGGUCAAGCUAAACCCGGACGCCGUUGCCGUGUCGAGAAUCACUGAGAAGUCAGAAAAGCCAAACAGUUUGAAUGAGAAGGUGGGAAGAAGACCAUUGCCUGUUGUAUCAUGGGGAUGGCUCAUAACACUAGCAGCAUUCACGUUACAUUUCUUCACGUAUGGAACUCUUUUCUCAUUUGGCGCAAUGUUUGUUCCUCUGCGCGAUACAUUCAACUCAAGUGAAACUUCUGUUGGUUGGGUAGGAUCGAUAAGUCAAGGUCUGGGCGGUUUGCUGUCACCGUUUGCUGGGCUUAUGUUCGAAUUCAUCGGCUUCCGAUUCACGACGUUUAUUGGAAUCAGUCUCUGCGCCGGAAGUCUCGUUCUGUCGUCGUUCGUUACAUCAAUACCGUAUAUGUUCGUCACAUUCGGCUUGCUGUUCGGCACCGGUACUGCUUUAGUGUUUAAUACAAGCGUAAACGCCGUUGCGGCAUACUUUCAAGGGAGGUCGGCAGCUGCCAGUGGUAUUGCGUUAUGUGGGAUGACAGUAGGAACGCUUACUUUAAAUUCAUUUCUUGGGGUGCUAAUUAUCAACUUUGGUUGGAGGAACAUGCUGCGGAUCUUAGCCGGUGCGCUCGUGAUUACGUGCUUCCCAUCAUGCUUAGCGUUCAAAGAACCUAGUCACGACAUUCUGGCAGCUACCAAGGAGAUGGAGGCAGAUGAAGACGAUCUUUCCAAAGGUCGCGAUGUCUGGAAAUACGUCAGAAUUUUCAUGACAGUAGAUAUGCUACUCUUGUUUUCUGCAGUGACGAUAUAUUCCAUAGCCUGUGCUUUCCACUAUAUUAAUCUUAUAAGUUUUAUGUAUUCAAUAGGUAUCAACGAAUCCAGUGGAUGUUUAGUGGUUACAAUACUCGGGGCAGCGGAUGGAUUAGGAAGGCUACUUUCGUCCGUUGUUGGUGAUCGUCUGCCGUGUUCCCGCCUUUACACAUUAGUCGUCGCUUGUGUUGUUGGUGCUAUUCCAACGUUUUGUCUAGUAUUUAUUGAAACUUUCGGAUUAAUGGUUGUUUAUGCAAUAAUUCUUGGCAUUUCACGUGGUGUAAUAUUUACUAUGCAAUAUCCGGUUGCCUUGGAAACGUUCGGAGUAAGAAGAGGUGUUGAAGCUCUAACAAAUGUAAUCCUAGCUAUGGGUCUAGGUACACUUCUCGGGAGCUCCGUUGGGGGUAUGAGCUUCGAUCGGACUGGUUCCUACGAAACGUCUUUCUAUAUAUGUGGCGGUCAGUUAUCGUUUGCUGCCACUUUAGUUCUAAUUCUCAUAUAUUAUAGGAAGGUUAAGGAGCGGCGUGGUGAAACGCGUUACGUGCAUCAAACGAUUAACACAAAUCCUUACCUGAAACGCUCUGUUCUCUACACGUACGUGUCAGUAGUGUAGCAAAUCGAUUUGUAUUGUUUGUGUGUUGAUGAAACGGUAUAAAAAUGUAUUAUCACAUGGAAUUCUGUAGCCCUUACUCCCUACUGGUAGUUUAACCUGGACACGACGGCUCGGGCUAGUUGGAACGAAAAGAAACAAUGCGUCAAGUCACACAGUUCUAUAACGACGCGACCGUGUAUUGUUAAUCAAGUAGACAUAUUUUACCUUACCGACGAAGUAACAGCGAGACCUACAAUGUCAAAUGACAACGCCUAAUUUAAAAACUGCACCCUUUCAAAAUAAUUACAAGCCAAAGGACCCCAUAAAACAAAGGACUUCAAAAACGUUACCUUCACCCCAUCUCGAUUAUUGAGUUGCAUCCGCAUUAUAAUCAUAACUGCUUAAUUAUAUUUCGAUAGAUUUCAUUUUAAUGAGGUUGAAUGCCCGAAAUUGGGUUCGCUGUACUGUAGUUAUUCGUGGUGUUGAGGUUUAUAUAGGGUUGUAAAUUAGUGCAUUUGUACACAAUACUUUUUGUAAAUGCAUUCCCUCUGUGUUCGGAAGGUGUUCGCCUAAAAGCGAAUUUGUAGUAUUUGUAUUUACGACAUUAAUUGCAGCGCCAAGACGAACAGCCCCGAGGACGGCCAUCUUGGUUAUAUUUGUAGUAUGGAAAAUACGAUAAAAAUCAUAAAUCGGUAAUUAAAUAGCCUAGGCCAUGUAGGCGCAACAAUUUUUAUGAAAUUGUUCGUAUAAAAUUAGCAAUUUAAAUUUAAUUUAAAUAUAGCAAAUUAGGCCAGGCAAAUUAUCACAUUUUUCUUAAGUAUAACAAAUCUUAAGGCAUAAUAUGGAAAGGUCGUGAUUCAAUAAGAACGCGCAACCGUAGAUCAACCAUUGUAGAAAUUAUACAAGGCAAUAUUUUUUAAAGUAAAACCAGACGAAGAUAAUUAUAUAAAUAAUAUAAAAAAGAUAAGUAUAAAAAAUAUAGAAAAAAAAACAUUUAAUUUUAUUUAUUCUAUGGCCUACUGGUAUAGAUGUUUAUGACCUUAGACGAGUAACGGCAAACCUCUAGUUAAUAGACCAUGCAUUAAAGGAUAAUUUAAAGUUUGGUGUUUUCAGUGUAAUUGUUGUACUUAUACGUGAAGUCUCCGACGCAAUCGGGAAGGCUCCCGAUGGCGACCCGGCCGACCAAUGAAUCACCGGAAGCUAUCGACGAUUGCGCAGGGGCGGAUUUAGGGGGGGGGCGGCCCGGCCCCGGCCCCCCCUUUUGGGAGGUAAAAAAAAGAAAAAAAAGAACAAAAAAGAGAGAAAAAGAAAAAAAUGAUAGCCCAGAAUGCCUCAAAUGUUAUGUUCGGGCGUGUAGAACACAAAAAUUUCGCGGAGCCAUGCCCCGGACCACCUACAACAGUGUUGUCUCAAUCGGCCCAACUUUCGGCCCCCCUUCCGACCCCCCCUUUUGGACAUUUAUGGAUCCGCCCCUGAUUGCGUGUAGUGAUUGUAUGGAAAACCAAGCUUUUGAGAGGUUCUACGCCUCAACUAUUAUAACCUAGGCAAUAAUUUAAUGGUCUAUUGCACCAAAGAUUCUUUAAAUUUACCACAAUGCUGUACGAUCUAUCCCAUUGUGUUCAUGUGUUUAUCAAUUUCCGCAGAAUUCUUAUUACAGUACUUAUUUCAACUCUAUUCAGGCAUACGCCAAGGAUAGUCAAUAGUGAACUUAUGACUGUCCUAUUUAUGAUGGCAAUCCUUUUUACAAAAAAAAACACAAUAAAAGAUGCUCUACUUUGUAAACUAAAUCUUAUUAUGAAGCUUUGAGAGUGGAGUUGUUUUGGUUGUGAGCAAAAUACCUGCAACAUUACCAAUUUAUAUUAAGAUAAUAGGAAUUACACAGGGCUAGUUUUAAUUCAGAUGGUAGGGGAAAUGCUGUGAUAUAAAAGAUAGUUGAGAAAAUAUAAAGUAAUAAUGAUUACACUAUCGACAAUAGGCCUACCUCCUCUCCCUCCCCCCCUCCCCCUCCCUCUCCCCCUUCCCCUCUCUCUCUCUCUCUCUCUUCACGUAUGGUACAGUAUAUCCCAACGAUGAUACGAAUUUUUGUUCCAUUAUUCUGUCAUAUGUCAAUUCCAAUUGACGUCCAUUGUUAAGGAGAGUAGAUUUCGUUUACAUUUAAAAUUUGAAUAAUACUGAAUAGUCUCGUUUACCCAACUGUCAAUAUUUAAAAUGCGUGAAUGCGUUAAAAGUGCGACUUAAUGCGUUUGGAAUGCGUGUGGUAAUGCGUUUACAAUACGUGUCAUACAUCUUCUAUAACCUCUCAAUUUAUGUAGACAUUGCCAAUUUUUAAAUAAAUAUAUGGAUACACACAAACGUAAAUAGUGUCCUAAUGAUAUCUGAUCACUCGAACCAUAGAUAACUGGGGAGGUACAGUAUUACAUAAAUAACAACUUCAUACCCAAAUCAAAUGUGUUGAUGAAUAACGCGUAUCAUCUAUUUUGAAAUAAUUUAACACUGUUGACUGAAAUUUCAACUGGGUAUGAAAGAAGGGAUGGUGACCAUAAAAAUCCUACUUAGGCUUAUCCUAGUCUACUCAAGCUGUUGUCAAAACAGGUGGCAGCCAUUGGACACAUUGGCGGUAGAACAUGUCUAUACGGUAUUGAUGGGUAAGGAACUAUCACCAUACCUUAGUGUGAACAAAAAAAAAAAAAAAAAAAAAA